AGCUCGGGCGCAUCAGUCAGUUCUCUCGGGUUGGUCUCGGCGCACGGCGAAACCCCGCUCGGUGCACGUCUGUCUGGCUCUGCCUGCCUGCCUGCUCCUGCUGCUGCAGCAAACAUCAGCCACCUGGUUGCGCCCCUGCAGACGACAGUGGAGCCCCUCGGCCCGACGUGGUGGACGGCCACACCGUACGAGCAAGUUUUGCUUUGCCGUCCAGCGGCCGUAGUGUCCUCCCCAUCGAACCCAGGCGACACCGGCCCGACCCUGGAGACCCUACACCCCGGCUUGCCCGCCACCGCGGUCUGCACCGCCGCCGUCCGCGGAGUUUUCUCCUCCUUGAUCAACGUGGGGCCCAACAAGGGGCUAAAGUGUUCGCCCACCAAAGCAGAGAUGGACAUCGACGUCCCGCACAAACCAGCCACCGUGCCAGCAAAAAAUACUGGACAAAGAGAGGAGCCAGUUUACAAAAUUUUCAUCACUACUCAAGUUCUCAACGGAUGCAUCUCUCGUGUUGCAGAAAAACGGAGACUGAGCCAUUGCGUAGGGUGCGGCGGGCAAAUUCACGACCAAUACAUCCUGAGGGUAGCACCCGACCUCGAGUGGCACGCCGCGUGUCUCAAGUGCGCCGAGUGUCACCAAUUCCUCGACGAAAACUGUACCUGCUUUGUGAGAGAUGGCAAGACCUAUUGCAAGAGAGAUUAUGUGCGAUUGUUCGGGACCAAGUGCGAUAAGUGUGGACAGAGUUUUAGCAAAAGCGACUUCGUGAUGCGCGCCAAGACCAAAAUCUACCACAUCGAAUGCUUCCGGUGCACGGCGUGCGAGCGGCAACUCGUCCCCGGGGACGAGUUCGCGCUACGCGACGACGGACUCUUCUGCAAGGAGGACCACGAGGUGCUGGAGAAGGCGUGCAUCCUCGGCACCGAGAACAACAACAACAACACCUCCAGUGUCAACAAUAACAACAAUAACAGCAACAGCAGAUCCGCCAUCCACCACGAGGCCUCCAACUCAGAUUCGUCCGAUUCUGGCUCCCCAAAGGGCCGUGAAGGAGGCGGCGGGAGCGGCUCGCACGGCAGCAGCGGAGGCCGCAACAAGGGUGCCACGGACGGCAAGCCAACCCGCGUGCGGACAGUACUGAACGAGAAGCAACUGCACACCCUUCGCACUUGCUACGCGGCCAAUCCGCGGCCCGACGCCCUCAUGAAGGAGCAGCUCGUCGAGAUGACCAGCCUCAGUCCCAGGGUCAUCAGAGUAUGGUUCCAGAACAAGCGGUGCAAGGACAAGAAGAAGGCCAUCCUCAUGAAGCAGCAGAUGCAACAGGAAAAGGAUGGCCGAAAGUUGGGCUACGGCAGCAUGCAAGGAGUGCCGAUGAUUGCGUCCAGUCCUGUUCGGCACGAGAGUCCGCUGGGCAUGAAUCCAAUCGAGGUGCAAUCUUAUCAACCACCGUGGAAGGCGCUCUCCGACUUCGCCCUGCACACAGAUCUGGAUAGACUCGACCCGACGGCACCACCUUUCCAGCAAUUGGUCAACCAGAUGCACGGCUACGAUUUACCACCAGCUCCUCCGCCGCCGAACCACGACAUGGGUGCUGGUCCGGCAGACCUGGCUCACCCUGAUUCCACAGAUUCUUACGUUACGUACCUCGAGAGUGAUGAAAGCCUGCACCAAGAUGCUCAGAGUCCCUGAUAAUUUAUUGCGCCGUCGUCCUUUUCUGUCAGCCAGGCUCGCGUCCCUACCGGGCAGGACCCUCAUCCCAUCGCAACCGAACAUCCCAUUGACCUGCGCUACUCCUCAAAAUUGUAGAAAGUCCACUGACCACGGCUUAGCAUCUGUAAUGAUCGUUUUGUGACCUGAUAUUUUGGAGGCUGCGAGCUUUGGCUGACAGAGCUUAGGAAACGUCUCUACCUUCUUCGCAUCACUUGUAGAGCAGAAGCAUAAUCAGUGACAUCAUACUUUUUAUGAAAAAGGGCACUUCUUGAAGAGUGACACUUAAGAAUUCACACUGUAUGUGCGGACGGUGUGCAGCGGCAUAUAAAGUGAUUUGUGAUAUCGUUUAUUAUACACUACUGUAUGAUGAAAUUUGGAUUAUAAUGGAACUAAUAUUAUUAUUGCUGUUCUGUAUAUUGACGAAGCGACGCAUUCAUUUAAUUUUUACUGUAAAUUCUCGAUUAGACUCUAAUUUUAAGCAAAUGAUACUGUUAAGGGCCAAGCGAGAUUUUUCAUUGAUGGAAAACCAAUUCAAGUGAAAAAUAUAUUAAUAAUGAUUUAUGAUUGAGCGUUUUGUUGAUACUCAAUGCAAGCCAUGUUUGAUGAAACCUUUCACUUUGACAGUGCUCAUGCCAAAAUUGGUGAACGAAAUAAAAUACGGACAGGUAUAUCAAUCACAGAUUGGAUAACAAAACUGACUACGCAAGCUUCAUAAAUUAACAUCUCUGCGCUUGAAAUGGAGAAAUAAAAUAAAGAUAAACUUUCAAGUUUAGAAUAUAUUAGUGUUUCAUGAGGAAAGCAUGGAAAUGAAUCAAUUUGUUCGACUAAAGAUUUUUUUUAUUAAUUUAUUGAAAUACCAAAUUUUUACCAUCCUCAAAACAGUGGUGUGCAGUUUAUUUACUUCUAACUAGCACAAAUUACCAAUUGAUGAUAGAGAUUUAAAAUCAGUGUUGCUUUCAUUUGGUCCUUUGUUUUGUAAUUCCAAAAUUUGUAUCCUAUGUGUAUAAUAUUCAACAUUACAAUCAUUCAUUGAUUAACCGUUAACACCCAAAUUUGGUAUUUCCAAUGAAUUUGGAAUGAUAUUAAUGACGUGAAGGAUGCGUGCACAUGUUAUUGACACUGUAAAAGUAAGCACAAUAUAAUUGUUGUGACACUCAUUUAAACUAUGUCUUGAAAAUUAAAAAUGUAGUUCAAAACCAAAGAAAUGGUAAAAAUAAAUCAUGUGAGCUUUCGUUUAAA